AUGUUCGGGCACAGAGGGGCGAUGUUUGGGAGCGGGGGGGUUUCGGACGGGUACGAGAUCGGCUCAAAGAGACCAAGAAUGAUGGAAUCAAAUCCCUACUUCGCAGUGAGCAGUGGUUCAAGUGGCUACCAACCUUAUGGCCGUGGCAGUAGAUAUCAGCCUUCUGCCUUUCCCGUGGUUCGUCUAAGGGGUCUUCCCUUCAAUUGCUCAGAUACUGACGUUUUCAAGUUCUUUGCUAGCCUGGACAUUGUUGACGUCUUUUUGGUAAACAAGGAUGGGCGAUUCUCUGGAGAAGCUUUUGUGGUCUUUGCAGGACCUAUGCAGGCGGAUCUUGCUCUUCAGAGAGAUCGACAAAACAUGGGAAGGAGAUAUGUAGAAGUUUUUAGGUGCAAAAAGCAGGAGUAUUACCAUGCUAUAGCUGCUGAGGUGAAUGAAGGAUGUUAUGGCAACAUUGACCACCGUGGAACCUCACCACCAGCCCGACGGAAGAGGUCUCCGGACAAAGAUAACAUGGAGUAUACGGAAUUUUUGAAGUUGCGUGGCCUCCCUUACUCAGUCAAAAAAUCAGACAUUGUGAAAUUUUUUGGGGACUUUAAUGUGAAGGAUGACAAGAUCUGUAUUGCAUGCCGGUCUGAUGGGAAAGCUACUGGAGAUGCAUAUGUAGAGUUUGCCUCAGCUGAAGAAGCUAAGAAAGCCAUGUGCAAGGACAAGAUGUUGAUUGGAUCUCGUUACGUGGAACUCUUUCCUUCCACACCAGAUGAAGCAAGAACAGCUGCAUCAAGAUCACGUCAUUAA